AUGGCUUCCACAAAAUUGGAAGCUUCAAAUCAACAAACGAUAACAAGCAUGAUGGAAUUGAUUGAAAAUAGAGGGCGGCUUCGCAUUAGUGCUGGCGGAAAUUGCAUGUUUAACAUGUGUAUGCUUCCAAUUUGGCAGAUUGAAGCAUGGGUGACGGUGUCAAUCGAUUUCAAGCUUCUUCAGUUGUUGUUGCAUAUGGAUAUUGAGUAUGAUGGCGAUGGUUGGGGUUUUAAACUAAAGGUUGGAGGAUAUUGGAGAUUUGAAGGUUUUAUUAUUGAUGGUUUAAUGGCAUUGAAAGAGAGUCUUGUGGUUUCUUUUGCUUAUUUUUGUGAAAUUGUUGAUAGGUUUUGGAGGGGAGUGGACAGGUUUUCAUAA